UUAAUCGUGUUAAUUUCCAUUAUAGGGACGCUUUUCUGUAAUCAUCCUAAAACUAAAAGCCCUCGUUUUGCAAAUUCGUUAAAAAUGACGAGUCAGCCGAGAACAGAAACCCUAGAAAUCGUCCGAGUCGAGUUAAUUCGCCUCUCACCCAGCUCUAUCUCGCCCCGUGACUCGUCGUCCCCUUCCCCGCGAAAAACGCUUCUUCGAUUCACAGCUCAUAUUCAUGCCUCGCCGUCUAAAAAUGUGUUCUAACUUCGCUUAAGCUUUACCUCCAUUUUUUCCGGUUUGAGAAAUCGACGAAACCGGAAAACUCUCGCCUCCGAUUACGAAAGUUCUCAGCUUCUUAGUUAAAGCGCUCUUGUAGUAGAUUGAGGCUGCGCUGGUUUGUGGAAGUGUUAAAGUUCGAAGCUUGCAAAUGGUUUAACAAUGGCUCCACUUGGAUCAAUUGGAGUGGUCGACCCUGGAUGGGAGCACGGUGUUGCACAAGACGAACGGAAGAAGAAGGUUAAAUGCAAUUACUGUGGAAAGAUAGUAAGCGGAGGAAUAUACAGAUUAAAGCAACACUUGGCUCGGGUAUCAGGAGAAGUGACCUAUUGUGAUAAGUCUCCAGAAGAAGUAUGUCUGAGGAUGAAGGAGAAUCUAGAACGGUGUCGUUCCACCAGAAAGCUGAGGCAGCCUGGGGAUAACAAUAGACAGUCUUGUUCCAGUUUCCAUCAAUCUAACAAUGACGAUGAAGCAGAGGAGGAAGAGCCGCGGUGCUGGUCUAGAAGAAGCAAGGGAAAGCUAAGCUUGAGUGAUGGGAGUAUUCUUCGGUCGUCAGGUUAUAUUGAUCCUGGAUGGGAACAUGGUGUUGCUCAGGAUGAGAGGAAAAAGAAAGUGAAAUGUAAUUACUGUAACAAGAUAGUGAGUGGUGGUAUUAACCGUUUUAAACAGCAUCUUGCAAGAAUACCUGGAGAGGUAGCGCCAUGUAAAACCGCUCCAGAGGAGGUUUAUGUUAAGAUUAAAGAGAAUAUGAAAUGGCAUCGAGCUGGGAAGAGACAGAACAGACCUGAUGAUGAAAUGGGAGCUUUAAACUUCAGAACGGUGUCUCAGGAUCCUGAGCAAGAAGAAGACGGGGAAGAACAAGACAUCUAUCCAAUCAGCCAAGAUAGGUUGAUGCUGGGAAAUGGAAGGUUUAGUAAAGAAAAAAGAAAGAGCUUUGAUUCAGUGAACAUUAGAUCUCUUUCUGAAGCAAGACCAAGAAGAGCGAGAGUUAUCCCGUAUCAGUCACCUUCUUCGAGCAAGCAGAGGAAAAUAUACACUAGCUGUUCAAAUAGAGUUGUAUCACGAAAAGACGUCACAUCCUCCAUUUCCAAAUUCUUCCACCAUGUAGGAGUUCCCACAGAGGCAGCAAGUUCUCUGUACUUUCAAAAGAUGAUUGAAUUGAUUGGUCUGCACGGAGAGGGUUUCGUUGUGCCCUCGAGUCAUCUGUUUUCCGGUAGGCUCUUACAGGAAGAGAUUUCAACUAUCAAAAGCUAUUUGAGGGAGUACAGAUCUUCUUGGGGGGUUACAGGUUGUUCUAUAAUGGCAGAUACUUGGACCAACACAGAGGGAAAGAAAAUGAUCAGUUUCUUGGUCUCGUGCCCUCGCGGUGUCUACUUCCACUCCUCCAUUGAGGCCACUCAUAUAAUAGAAGAUGCGUCAAGCCUUUUCAAGUGUCUAGACAAACUAGUUGAUGACAUUGGCGAGGAAAACGUGGUGCAGGUUAUUACACAGAACACUGCUAUCUGCAGAAAUGCUGGAAAAUUACUAGAAGAAAAGAGAAAGAAUAUGUAUUGGACUCCUUGUGCAAUGCAUUGCACAGAACUGGUUCUUGAAGACAUCUCAAAGCUUGAAUUUGUCUCCGACUGCUUAGAGAAAGCACAAAGAAUCACAAGAUUCAUUUACAAUCAAACAUGGCUACUUAAUCUCAUGAAGAACGAAUUCACACGGGGACAAGAUCUUCUUAGACCAGCGGUCAUGCGCUACGCUUCCGGUUUCACCACUCUUCAAAGUCUUAUGGACCACAAGGCCAGUCUUAGAGGUCUGUUUCAAUCUAACGGCUGGAUUUUGUCACAGACCGCUGCCAAGUCUGAAGAGGGAAGAGAAGUGGAAAUGAUGGUGUCUAGUGUUGCGUUUUGGAAGAAGGUUCAGUAUGUUUUGAAAUCGGUUGAUCCCGUGAUGCAGGUGAUUCGCAUGAUCGAUGAUGGUGGCGAGAGAGUAUCUUUGCCAUAUGCUUACGGUUACAUGUGCUGUGCGAAAAUGGCUAUCAAGUCUAUUCAUAGCGAUGAUGGGAGGAAAUACUUACCAUUAUGGCGUGUGAUAGAUUACCAUUGGAACCCAUUGUUUCAUCAUCCUCUCUAUGUGGCUGCAUAUUUCUUCAACCCGGCAUAUAGAUAUCGUCCUGAUUUUAUGUCGCAGUCUGAGGUCGUGCGCGGAGUGAACGAAUGUAUUGUUAGGCUUGAGCCUGACAAUGCGCGUAGAAUCACAGCAUUGAUGCAGAUUCCGGAUUAUACUUCUGCGAAAGCCAGUUUUGGAACGGAUAUAGCUAUUGCCACAAGAACAGAACUCGAUCCAGCAGCGUGGUGGCAACAGCAUGGGAUAAGCUGUUUGGAACUCCAGCGGGUAGCGGUUCGGAUACUGAGCCACACGUGCUCAUCUGUUGGGUGUGAGCCUAAGUGGAGCGUGUACGAUCAAGCCAACAGGCAAUGCCAGAGCCGAUUUGGGAAAAAGUCAACGAAAGAUCUCACGUACGUUCAUUACAACUUACGGCUCAGAGAGAAGCAGCUGAAGCGACGGCUACAACAUGACGAUGGACCACCACCAACUCUUAACUAUGCUUUGCUGGAUCGCAUGCUCCCAGACUGGCUCGUGACCUCCGAGAAUGAUGAGGAGGAGACUUUGCAGAGCGAAGACGGAGUGGAGAACGAAGACCGUGACGAAGAGGAGGAGGAGGAGGAGGAGAACUAUUACAUGGAUCCUCGUAACGUUGAUGGUGAGGGUGAAGACAAUCUUGAUCUUUACGAUGAUGAUCUUAGCGAAGAUGAUGAUUAGUGUGGCUCUAGUGCUACAGUCCUAACAAGUAACGAACACUUAUGUAUUUUGAAUUCGACCAUUGUAUCCCUAAAUACAUUCGAAAUAUGAUAAUUUUUGUUGGCUAUAAACUUAUAAAGCCCUCUUUGCUGCA